UCUGUAUGUGCGCACGCAUAAGACAAUGUAUUAGCUUGCGAUUGCGUUUGUGUGUGUACAUGCGCGUAUGUGAGAGUAGUUUCAAGCGAGGAUUUUUAAAAAUGAAGUAACGUUUUUUUUCUCCCUUAGUCCUCUACUCCUUGCUUUUCAUUGGAGGAAAUUUGGUCAGCUGACAUUGUCAUCUUGUCCAUCCUAGAGUGAGGCUUUAGCAACAACAUUCGGCUUUGUACCUUGUGUCUUUAUUGGUGUCUAGAAAUACAUUAUAAAGAAAUCAUUCAGCGUGCCGGUAUUAAAAGAUAGACUGACAGAGAAAAAAAGAGAGUGACUUAGUGUGAGAGAGGGAGAAUAGAGAGAGAGGUGAGAUUGUAAGGGAGGGAGGGAAAGAGAAAGAGGGAGCAAGGGAGAGAGGCAAGGUAUGAAUUCGUAUUUCGCAAACCCGUCGCUCUCAUGCCAUUUAGCUGGUGGUCAAGAGGUUUUACCUAACGUGGCCCUAAACUCAACUACCUAUGACGCUGUUCGACACUACUCAUCCUACGGAGCCGCUGUGGCCCAAAAUCGGAUAUAUUCCUCGCCUUUCUAUUCGCCCCAAGACAACGUAGUGUUCGGCUCGAGCAGGGGACCGUACGAGUAUGGUUCCAACGUGUUUUACCAAGAUAAGGACGUGCUGCCCAGCUGUAGGCAGAGCAGUUUGGGACAAGGUGCACAAACCUCACUCCCUCAGGAUUACCCGUCUGAUCCGGGCAGGAACGGCUCGCAGGAACAGAAGGGGAACAUUCAGAUCUUCCCGUGGAUGCAGCGGAUGAACUCUCAUAGCGGAGUUGGAUACGGUUCUGACAGACGAAGAGGCCGACAAAUUUACUCCCGGUACCAAACUCUAGAACUCGAAAAGGAAUUCCAUUUCAACCGCUACUUGACGAGACGCAGACGUAUCGAAAUCGCCAAUGCACUCUGUCUCACCGAACGUCAGAUAAAAAUCUGGUUCCAGAAUCGCCGGAUGAAAUGGAAAAAGGAAAGCAAUCUAACUACGACUCUCACCGAAAGUGGUUCGGCAGGGGUGAGUCAAGACACGGGUAAAGAGGACACAGAAGAGGCGACAGAAGAGAAGAAAGAAUGAACGAGUUCCUAACUUACUAUAUGCAUCAAUCCGCCGUUCUGUGAGGAUAACUUAACUACCUAUCAAGUAGCCUACCUAUCAACUAUUGUUUGGCACAAUAAAGAAACUAGUGUAUUAAAAUAUGUGGCUGCGUUAAAUGCAAUGUGGACGAUACAUAUCUUCAGACAUCAAUGUUUGCCUUUUUAAUUUCUUUCUGUAUUGGAUAUGAACAUUUCACCGUGACCAAAUCAUUUAAUUCCUUACUUGACAUUCCCUUAUAUACCCAAACUGUGUGUAACGCGAAGACAUUCAUCAUUAUAUGUUCUUAAAUGCUCUUUGACAGCAAAGAAAAACAGUGGUUCUCAGAUGUCUAUACACCUAUGAUGUUGGCAAUAUGUUUUACAAAAGUAAUUGUCAUAAGAUGUGAAGGAAGGUAUAAGCUUUACAUCCGCUUUAGUAACCCAUUUAUGUUUUUUUCGUUUUGCUGUUUUGUUGUACGAAAAAACUAUGCUAAAUAAUAACGACUCACACUACCUAAAUUGUUGAUAUGUUUGUAAAUAUAUGUAUAUCUAUACUACACGCCUUAGUCCUGUGAGAGCAUUCGUCCGCAUCCCGCACCUUCUUUGUGUUAGCUAGCCUACUUUAUUUAUGUUUAGAUAUGUACCAGUAGGCUAGCCUACAUUGAGUAUGUGGUCAAAUCAUAACUGACCGAUGUGGCUUGAAUUGUAGCGUUAGUUGAAAAUCCGAAAUAAAACAAUAACAGUGAUGAAGGCUAUGAAAUUCACUUCAAGUCAUAUUUAA